CAACCAGUCUCCUAAACCCCCGAGCUGAAUAAAUCUCACUCUCCACUCGAGUGCAAAAACAACCUCACUCACAGAUACCGCAGCGAGCAAAAAUGAGGAAAUGGACGAUCUGCUCCUUUUUGUUACUACUCUGCCUUUUGUUUCUUCUACCAGAUCAAGGUAGGAAUUUACACGCAAAUGCCGAAGCUGAUUCGGAUGCGCCAGUCGAUCCUCCGAAGGUGGAGGAGAAAAUCGGCGCCGUACCGCACGGAUUGUCCACCGAUUCCGAUGUUGUGAAGAGAGAAGCUGAAUCGAUGUCGAGGAAAUCUCUCCGCUCCAGCGCGGAGAAGUUUGAGUUCCAAGCCGAGGUGUCGCGGCUUAUGGACAUUAUCAUCAACUCUCUAUACAGUAACAAGGAUAUAUUCUUAAGAGAAUUGAUCUCCAAUGCGUCAGACGCUUUGGAUAAGAUCAGAUUCUUAUCACUUACUGAUAAGGAAAUUUUGGGAGAAGGUGAUGAUGCCAAGCUUGAGAUACAGAUUAAGUUGGACAAAGAAAAGAAAAUACUCUCAAUCCGUGACAGAGGUAUUGGUAUGACAAAGGAGGAUUUAAUCAAGAAUUUGGGUACCAUCGCUAAAUCUGGAACUUCAGCAUUUGUGGAAAAGAUGCAGACAAGUGGAGAUCUUAACCUUAUUGGGCAAUUUGGUGUCGGAUUCUACUCUGUGUAUCUUGUUGCUGACUAUGUUGAAGUUAUUAGCAAACAUAAUGAUGACAAACAGCACGUUUGGGAGUCAAAGGCAGAUGGAGCUUUUGCAAUCUCAGAAGAUACAUGGAACGAACCACUUGGUCGUGGAACUGAAAUUAGACUGCACCUCAGAGAGGAAGCACAGGAGUAUUUGGAAGAGCACAAAUUGAAGGAAUUGGUGAAAAAGUAUUCUGAAUUCAUUAACUUCCCCAUACAUCUUUGGGCUACUAAAGAAGUGGAGGAGGAGGUCCCUGCUGAGGAAGAUGAUGCCAGUGACGAUGAGGAUAAUGCUGAAAGUAAAUCUUCUGAGGAAGAGGAAGAGGAUGCUGAGAAAGAAGAGGACGAGAAGAAACCCAAAACAAAGACAGUGAAGAAAACUACCUCUGAGUGGGAACUUUUGAAUGAUGUGAAAGCUAUAUGGCUACGGAGUCCAAGGGAGGUGACCGAUGAAGAAUACACAAAAUUCUAUCACUCUCUGGCUAAGGACUUUGGCGAAGAGAAGCCUAUGACAUGGAGUCACUUCAAUGCUGAAGGUGAUGUGGAAUUCAAGGCUGUGCUGUUUGUGCCUCCUAAGGCUCCUCACGAUUUGUAUGAGAGUUACUACAAUGCCAACAAAUCCAAUUUGAAGCUAUAUGUCAGACGUGUCUUUAUCUCAGAUGAAUUCGAUGAACUUCUGCCCAAAUAUCUUAACUUCUUGCUGGGUCUUGUUGAUUCCGACACCUUGCCACUUAAUGUGUCGAGAGAAAUGUUACAACAGCACAGCAGCUUGAAAACGAUCAAGAAGAAACUCAUCCGUAAAGCCCUUGAUAUGAUCCGCAAGCUUGCUGAGGAGGACCCUGAUGAAUCUAGCGACACAGACAAGAAAGAAGUCGAAGAAUCCGGUGACAGCAAUGAAAAGAAGGGCCAGUAUGCAAAAUUCUGGAAUGAGUUUGGCAAGUCAAUCAAGCUUGGUAUCAUCGAGGAUGCCACCAACAGAAAUCGCCUAGCAAAACUUCUUAGAUUUGAAACUACCAAAUCUGAUGGUAAAUUAACCUCACUGGAUAAAUACAUAGCAAGAAUGAAGUCAGGACAGAAAGAUAUCUUUUACAUUACCGGAACAAGCAAGGAACAGCUCGAGAACUCUCCAUUCCUUGAAAAUCUGAAAAAGAAAGGUUACGAGGUCAUUUUCUUCACCGACCCUGUGGAUGAAUACUUGAUGCAAUACCUGAUGGAUUAUGAAGACAAGAAAUUCCAAAACGUAUCCAAGGAGGGGCUCAAACUCGGGAAGGAAUCGAAACUGAAGCAACUCAAGGAGUCGUUCAAGGAGCUGACCAAAUGGUGGAAAGGUGCUCUUGCUAGUGAAAACGUUGAUGACGUGAAGCUCAGCAACCGUCUAGCAGACUCCCCGUGCGUGGUGGUGACAUCGAAAUAUGGGUGGAGUUCGAACAUGGAGAGAAUCAUGCAGUCUCAAACGCUCUCGGACGCGAGCAAGCAAGCCUACAUGCGUGGGAAGAGGGUCCUUGAAAUCAACCCCCGACACCCUAUCAUCAAAGAGCUUCAGGCCAGAGUAGCCAAGGAUCCUGAGGAUGAAAGCGUGAAGGAAACAGCGAAGCUCAUUUACCAGACGGCCCUCAUGGAGAGCGGCUUCGUUCUCAAUGAACCGAAAGAUUUUGCUUCCCGAAUAUACAGCUCGGUGAAGAAAAGCCUCAACAUCAGCCCGGAUGCAGCAGUGGAGGAGGAGGACGAUGUCGAGGAGACGGAGACGGAGACGGAGACUAGUUCAAAAGAAACCGAGAGUUCUCCCAAGAUUGAGGAAGAGGCAGUGGAUGAGGAUGUGAACGAUGAGCUGUAGGCUGUGAUCAAGUUUUUGUUAUUUUUGUUAUCUGGAUAGGAGAUUCUAAUUUUCAUUUUGUUAUCUUUAGAAAUUCUCUUGUCUAGUAAGUAACGUAGUGCAAAUACGAGGUUGAACCGAGCUAUGAUGUGCGAAUUCUCCUGACACGCGAGUGCCUUUAUUACAAUGGUGUAUUUCAACUUACGAAAAAUCAUGGGGAUAAGCUAUAUUUUAACUUCCA